CCCGCCUCCUCCGCUCGCCUCACUUGUCUUCCGUGCUCCCCGCACAUCGGAGCGGCUGGGCAGCGCGGGAACUUCCCGGGACGGCGCGAUGGAGUCGAGUGGCCACCAGGCAGAGGCCCCAGGCCGCGGUCCGCGGGUGCUGGUGGUGGGCGGUGGCAUCGCCGGGCUGGGAGCGGCGCAGAGGCUCUGCUGCUGUUCCGCCUUCCCGUCCCUGAGGGUUCUGGAGGCCACAGCCCGUGCCGGUGGCCGCAUCCGCUCGGAGCGCAGCUUCGGUGGUGUGGUGGAGGUGGGUGCUCACUGGAUCCAUGGGCCCUCCCAGAGCAACCCCGUCUUCCAGCUGGCUGCCAGGUAUGGGCUGCUGGGGGAGAAGGAGUUGUCCGAGGAGAACCAACAAGUGGAGACCGGGGGUCACGUGGGCCUGCCCUCUGUGACCUACACCAGCUCCGGGGGAAGCGUGAGCCUUGAGCUGGUGGCGGAGAUGUCCAGUCUGUUCUACAGCCUCAUAGACCAGACCAGGGAGUUCCUGCACUCGGCCGAGGCCCCGGCGCCCAGCGUUGGGGAGUACCUCAAGAAGCAGAUCCGGGAGCACGUGGCCGGCUGGGCAGAGGGUGAGGGGACCAAGACACUCAAGCUGGCCAUCCUGAACAACCUCUUCAACGUGGAGUGCUGUGUCAGUGGUACCCACAGCAUGGACCUGGUGGCCCUCGCGCCUUUCGGAGAGUACACAGUGCUGCCCGGGCUGGACUGCACCUUUCCUGGGGGCUACCAAGGACUCACGGACCGCAUGGCGGCCUCCUUGCCCACGGACGUGAUGGUUUUCGACAAGCCCGUGAAGACCAUUCACUGGAACGGGUCCUUCCAGGAAGCCUCUGCUCCUGGGGAGGCGUUUCCAGUGCUGGUGGAGUGUGAGGAUGGAGGCUGCUUCCCAGCGCAUCACGUCAUCGUCACUGUGCCCUUGGGUUUCCUUAAAGGACGUCUGGACACCUUCUUUGAGCCACCCCUGCCCCCUGAGAAGGCCGAAGCCAUCAGGAAAAUAGGCUUUGGGACCAACAAUAAAAUCUUCCUGGAGUUUGAAGAGCCCUUCUGGGAGCCAGGCUGCGAGCGCAUCCAGGUCGUGUGGGAGGACCUGUCUCCCCUGGAGGACGUCGCCCCUGAACUGCAGGACGCCUGGUUCAAGAAGCUUAUUGGCUUCUGGGUCCUGCCUGCCUUUGGGGCCUGCCACGUGCUCUGCGGCUUCAUCGCCGGGCUGGAGUCCGAGUUCAUGGAGACGCUGUCGGAUGAGGACGUGCUCCUGUCUCUCACCCAGGUGCUCCGCAGGGUGACAGGUACUGACCCAGAGGGCCGCUUCUGCUCCCACCCCGGUGGCCGGUCUGUGACGGGAACCACACCUCCCACCAGCGAGGAGCCGGGUUCAGCUCUGAACCUCCAGGGACUUCCCGCGAUCUCGUCUCGGAGGGUCUGCGAUGACCUCGCAAGUGCUCCCCACUCUGCUCUUGUAAAAUCUGCCCGGACGGGCAUCUGUGCGGUUGUCCCCACCCAGAGCUUUACAGACAGGAUGCUGGGCCCCGGCAGACAGCGGUGGUGCGCCCGGGCCCUCGGGCGCAUAGCUACAGUCAUAGCUGCUGACAUCCCCACUGAUCCCACGGAGGUCUGUGUUGGGGCCCAUUGAGCGCGUGGCGGCAGACACAGGUUUUCUAGACAAGCCGUGAGCGGAGGGCGGGAGCCACCUGGCUGCACUCGCUGGGCCUCGCUUUUCCUCCCGCGCCGUUUCUCCCACAUCCAGCUGCUCGGUCUUGAACGCGAGAGGCUCCUCGGGCCAUUCGGGCGGGAUGCGGGUUAACGUGCUGGUCUCUGGUCCAGGGAACCCUCGGCUCCCCGCACCCAGGAGUGUGCUGAGGUCUCGCUGGCACAGUGCCCCGUACACCCGGGGUUCCUACAGCUACGUGGCCGUGGGCAGCUCCGGGGACGACUUGGACCUGCUGGCUCAGCCCCUCCCUGCGGAUG